AUGCGGGUGACUCAAUUGAGGCGGCCGCUUGUGGCCGCUACAUCUGGAAUCACGAGAUCGGCGACGACUCCCACGAUACGGCAUGUUCAGGAUAUAUUCGCUCAGCUGAGGAUAGGAACCGGGGCCGUGGUUGAAGGCCGCAGACACGCUUCCGUUAAGGCGCAGGGAGCGUAUAAAAUACGAGAUUCGAGCACGAUUCCCAAGAAGUUGGGUGCGAAGAAGACAGGAGACUCAUACGUGAUACCAGGCAACAUAAUCUACAAACAGCGCGGCACAAAAUGGUUUCCAGGCGAAAACUGCGGGAUCGGUCGGGACCACACAAUCUUCUCCCUAGCCACAGGCUACGUGAAAUACUACCGCGAUCCCUCGCUGCACCCCAAGCGACAAUACAUCGGGGUAGUCUUCAACAAGUCCGACAAGCUCCCCUACCCCAAAAACGCCGUCCGCAAGCGCAAGCUGAACAUGGUCUCCGUCCCGAUCCCCCCUCCACAGCCACAACCCGAUCUAUCCCCCUCCGGCAUCCCCACGCAAGUCGUCCGCCAAGGCCGCGGGCGUAAGCCGCACCCGCGCGACGAGCGGAUCAUCAAGCUCGUACAAGACGGAUCGUACGCGUACCGCGAGGAGAACUGGCGUCUUGGCACGCUCGUCCGGACCGAGAAGCGGAAGAUGGGAUCACGUCGUGUCGCGAUGAAGCAUAGAAGGAGGAAGACGAGAGCGAUUGGCCUGGAGAUGAGGGCUAUGAGGGAGGAUAAGAUUGCGCGACGCAAGGAGGCGCUCGAUGCGCAGCGCAAGGCGAAGAUGAGGAAGAUAGCGGAUUACAAGAAGCGCAUGGCGGAGCAGAAGAAGGGUGGUGGUGCUGCUGCCGGGGCGCAGACGAUGACGGGGACCACGACGCCGGAUGCGACUAGGGCGGAUGUGUAG